AUGUUCUUCGCCGGCUCUUUACAGAAAGGAAUCGCCCUAGCCGUCCAGGAGUCCAAGGCCGUUGUUUGCUUUGUGCCAGAUGAUGGCGAGGUCAGCUCAACAUGGCAAGACGAAUACUUUACGGGUGACGAGUUUACAGAGCUACUCAAAGCGCGAUCUGUCCUAUUGCGCAUCGCCAAAGACAGCCCGGAGGCUGGGUUCCUAGCUUCUGUCUGCCCCGUCACACAAUACCCGACGGUUGUUAUCAUUAGGAAUGGGAUGCUACGGGAAUAUAUCAUGCCGAAUGUCUCGAAAGACGAGUUCCGCAACCGACUUACGGCCGCUAUAGAUGAUAUUAAACCUGAAGCCCAGGUAGCUGCGCCUUCGGUAGCUCAUCAACCACCCCAGCAGCCUCAGGAAACGCACUCCCCCGCUCCAGCUCCGGAGCCUGUUGUAACACCCCCAGCGCGAAGUGCGCCGGCAUCCGAGACGCCAUCAAAACCGGAACAGGCUAGUCGGGAUACACGCGAGAAUAAAUCCAGUGAUAAGGGAAAGAAGCCUGUAUAUGCUGGAGGCCCUCAAAGUCAACCUCGAAAGCAGGAAGAACAUAAGCCCCGCCAGUCCCAAAUUGGCUCUCGGGAAAAGAGCCAGGAAAAGGAUACGAAAGGCAAAGCACCAAUACGAGCUGCAAAGAAAGAGAAGUUGGCGGAUGAACCACCAGCUCGUCGGCCCACACAACCAGCAGGGCCUCCAACACAAUAUCGUCUACAAGUGCGACUCUUCGAUGGAAGUUCCGUGCGAUCAACCUUUUCGCCCACGCAGACUAUCCACAAAGAUGUUCGCCCUUGGCUUGAUGGUCAACUAGAGGAAAAGAAACCGUAUAAUCUCAAGCACAUUCUCACGCCCUUGCCUAAUAAGACCCUUACAAUCACUGAAGAGGACCAAACACUACGUGAACUCAUCACCGGCUCCACAGCAACCUUUGUCAUGGUCCCUAUCAAAACAUAUAUAGAGGCGUACUCGGAAUCAGGGUCUUUACCCGUCCGGGCGCUGUCUUCGGCGUAUGGGUUGGUUACAUCUGUAAUUGGCGGCACGGUAGGGUAUGUCGGAUCCUUCGUCGGGUACGCCCAAAACACCAUUGCACAACCAGAGCCGAGUCAGCCCAGCGCGUCACAGCAAUCUACCGACAGUACAAGGCGCCCUCGGCCGUGGGGGCCCAAUAUUCGGACACUUGGAGAUCAGGGAAGUGAGCAGGAUAGUCAAUUCUAUAAUGGUAACCAGUUAAAUUUUGAACCAAGACAAAAUGAUGAGCGAUGA